GGCCAGGGGGAGGGAGGGGGGAAGGGGGCGUCGUGCGCAGGCGCGGGGCGGCCAAGUCGAGGCCAAAGUUGCGGCGCCUCCAGUCAAGCGGCGGCCGGAUCGGGGAGCGGCGGCGGAAACAUGGACGACCUGGAUGCAUUACUAGCUGAUCUGGAAUCCACUACCUCCCACAUUUCCAAGCGACCUGUCUUCCUGUCAGAAGAAACAUCUUACUCCUAUCCAACUGGAAAUCAUACAUACCAGGAAAUCACUAUACCUCCUCCAGUGCCACCCCCUCCUUCCAAUGAGGCCUUGAAUGGGACAGUAAAUGAUCCUUUAGACCAGUGGCAGCCCAGCAUCCCCAAAAAUAUUCACCAGCAGCCACAGUCCCAGUCUCCAGUAUACAGCUCUAGUGCGUCUGGAUCCAGGGAGUGUGUAAUUUCUCCUCCGCGUGCAAGCGAAGAAGAACACGUCUACAGUUUUCCCAACAAGCAGAAGUCAGCAGAACCAUCUCCCACACUGAUGAGCUCUUCAUUAGGCAAUAACCUCUCAGAACUGGACCGACUCCUACUAGAACUCAAUGCUGUUCAGCACAACCCUCCUAGCAGCUAUCCAGCAGAUGAAGCUGCUAGGACCCCCUCGCUGCCCAGUGGGGCUGGCUCUCACUACAGCGCCUUGGAGAACGCUACCUCUUUGAACACACAACCAACAGCGCCUGCAAAAGAGAAGCCCAAGCGGAAUGGAGGGCAUGGCAUUGAGGAAGUGUGUCCCAGUGUGGAGAGCCUUUUGGACGAACUGGAGAGCUCUGUGCCCAGUCCAGUUCCUGCUAUCACUGUGAAUCAAGGUGAAAUGAGCAGCCCACAGCGGGUCACUGCAAGCCAGCAACAGACUCGCAUAUCUGCCUCGUCAGCAACAAGAGAACUGGAUGAGCUGAUGGCUUCACUCUCGGACUUCAAGACCAGUUCUACCAUCUCACUGACCUCUGAGCCCUCCCUGGAGCUCCUCCCUGGCCUGGUUAGCCCAGAUCCAGGUAGUGUCCUUCCUCCUAUGGCUCUCCUGACUACCUCAAAGCAGCAAACCAUAGGCGAUUAUGGGGAUGUGCGGGGCCCACUAACAGCUCUCCCAUUGGAAGUACUUCACAUUGAAGAAGAAGGUAAUAGUCCGGUCAGUGCUGUGAUUCCAGAGCAUUCUCUUGCCACCCUACAUCAUCCUUCUCAAUCCUGGUCUGAACCACAAUUUAUAGAGACCUCAGCCAGUCUGCUGAGCAGAGAGGCCAACGGGGCCUUCCUCUCGUUUUCUGAGGUGGAGUUGUUAUCCCUUCAGUCUGAUGCCGGAGCCCAAAAUCAGAGGUUAGCAGACUCAAAAGCACCUUGGAGGGAGAAGGAGAGAUAUGAAGCCAAAUUUGCAGGGGUUUCUGUUAGGAGCCCUUGCAUGAAUACCAAAGUGAAAGUGUCAUUGCCAAAGGAGGUGGAAGCAGCAUCCACCGCCUUUGAACCAAGUGCUGCUGCCCACAAGGCAAAUGAGGCCAGUAAAGUAGCUUUCAACGAACUGAGUAAUUCAGCUGUACCUCAGUUUGCAUCAAGAACACCUCUGGAGAGAGAUGCUGUUGCACCAGCUACACACACCCUGGAUCUUUCAAGUCUGGAUCAAUGGGAGAACUUUCCAGGCCCCAAAGGCCAGCUGGACCAUACCCUGCAGCAAGGGGUUGAAGUCAGAGAUCCAGCAAGAGCCAGCAGCUACCCUGAUGUAACUGAGAAGAAGUAUGGUCCAGAGGGAGUUUUCAGGAAAAAUAGUCUCCAGAACUCUCCAACGUGCCAGUGGAAAGAGCCUCUCUCCAGCUCUCCAGAGUCUACAGGAAAUGCCUGGAGAGAAGACCUGGAUCUGAUCCCUGCUUGCAGAUCGCCUGUGGAGAGGAUUUCUACAUCAGGCCAGAUCAAAUCUGUAAUCAAGCAAACAAAAGAGACCUCAAAUGUGCACCCAAUGUGCCGUGAUCUUUCACCGAGACGCAAGCUGGGCCCAGCCAUCUUCCACAAGACGGUCUCUCAAGACCGCUUGAUUGAGGAGUUGCAAGACAGGUUGGGCAUUAGCAAACCAGAACAAGAUGAAUGGAGAAGCCCAGACAACUGGCUGACUGAGGGAGUAAUCAUCAUUUCCAGGCCACAGAAGAAGGAACAAGAUGGUGGCCAGCAGGUAGAAAAGGUUAUCAUUCCUGCAGAAUCACCCCUCCCUCUAAGAAGAACCGUUUCUGUCCCACCUUCUCCCCCACCACAGAUUCCUAAAGAUGUCUCCAGGGCUGUUUCUGUCAAAACCUCACCUCUCCCUCACCCUCCGCCGCCUCCUCCUCCCUUGCCGCCUCCGCCGCCUCCGCCGCCAUCGCCACAUGUCCCUCAGCUGCGCUACGUGCCCUCCGCCCCUCCUCCUCAGCCCCUCCUCCAGUGGGAAAUGCUUUUGGAGGAGGGCUCCUCUCCCCGAGCACAGGUUCCCAAAGAAAGCAUUGCCGUGGUCUCUGCUCCCAAGACAGUGGUGUCAGUUGGCUGCCAAACAGAAGAGGACUCGUUCUUCCCACCAGAGCAGGUUCCUUAUGCUCCACCUCUGGAACGGGGCUCUCAUGUUCUGGCUGCUCGGCCGCCCACCCCUGAGAAGUUCAUGUCCCAAGGGAAAGGUGGGAAUAACUACCCAUCCUCUACUCCUCCAAAGCCUGGUAGCCAGUUGGAUAGCAUGCUUGGAAGCCUCCAGUCUGACUUGAACAAACUGGGAGUAGCAACCGUAGCCAAAGGCGUAUGCGGAGCCUGCAAGAAACCAAUUGCUGGACAGGUUGUUACAGCGAUGGGCAAGACUUGGCAUCCGGAACACUUUGUCUGCACUCAUUGCCAGGAGGAGAUUGGGUCCCGGAACUUCUUUGAGCGCGAUAGCCAGCCCUACUGCGAGAAGGACUAUCACAACCUCUUCUCCCCUCGCUGCUACUACUGCAAUGGCCCUAUCCUGGAUAAAGUGGUGACGGCCUUGGACAGGACAUGGCACCCGGAACACUUUUUCUGUGCGCAGUGUGGAGCAUUCUUUGGCCCUGAAGGCUUCCAUGAGAAGGAUGGCAAGGCCUACUGUCGCAAGGAUUACUUUGACAUGUUUGCUCCCAAGUGUGGAGGUUGUGCUCGUGCCAUUUUGGAAAACUACAUCUCUGCCUUGAAUACCCUCUGGCACCCUGAGUGUUUUGUCUGCCGGGAAUGCUUCACUCCAUUCAUCAAUGGCAGCUUCUUUGAACACGAUGGGCAGCCCUACUGUGAGGUGCAUUAUCACGAGCGCCGGGGCUCGCUGUGCUCCGGCUGCCAGAAGCCCAUCACAGGGCGCUGCAUCACUGCAAUGGCCAAGAAAUUUCAUCCUGAACACUUCGUUUGUGCCUUCUGUCUGAAGCAGCUCAACAAAGGAACCUUCAAGGAGCAGAAUGACAAGCCCUACUGUCAGAACUGCUUCUUGAAACUCUUCUGUUAAGGCCAAAUUCAGCAGCCUUUGGUUGGCUUGCCUCUUUGGACAUUGUCAUGUUUGAGAAACUGUGGCCAUGGUGGGCUGAGAAGAGGAGCGAGUGACUGAAUGAGUGAACGAAUGAAUAAAUGAAUGGGUGAAUGAACAGUGAGUUGAGACAGGAGAGGAUGAGAUGCUUAGAGCUGCUCUGGAAAGGUGGUGAAUCCAGAGAGCAAUUCACCAUGGACCAUUCAAUCAGAAAGCAAUUUAGCCAAGAGAUGCUGAGAAACUGCGAUUAUGAUACUGGAUUGACAUCUGAGCCAAACUAAGAGGAGAAAUAGGGAAGGAGGCUCCCUUUGAGGGGAAAGGGCUGACACACAACCUCUGAUGGCUGCUUCAUGCCUUCUUGAUAGCCAGGCUUCAAGUAGCCCGAUAAAUUUGGUUUCAUUGUGAGGAUACGUCAAUAAAAAUUAUCCUUGGGAGCAGCCCUGAUGGCCUACUCCCUGCCCAUGUUUCUCUUCCUCUUAACGCUACAGAGAGAUGAGGCUACAGCGUUAGAGGAAUGUCCAGCAUGACUCCCAUCCCCAGAGGUUGAUGUCGGCUCUGUUUAUACUCCUAUCCCUUCUCCAAAUGGAACAUCUCCCACUUUUUGAGAUACUACGUUCUCCACUGUUGCUGCCAUCAAAACUCCUCUAACCCGAGGUGCUCUUGGUGAGGUUGGGGAAAUGUAUUACAGUAUGAAAAAAAAAAUCUGAAUAAGCAAGGCCUCCCAGGCCUCCCAGACCUGAGUUUUUAGGUAGGCAUGAUAAUAACCUGUGUAGUGAUUUCACUUGAAAGGCAAGAGAAGAGUAGAGGUGUCAGCGUUGCCUUUUUUUUCUUUCUGUCUGUCUCUGUUCUUCAUUCACAAAUCAAUUUCUUCCUAUUAUGAAACAUGUCCUAAAGAGACAGCCUUCUGAGCAAUAAUCCUUUUUUUCCUAUCAACUAAAUAGUUUUAAUACAUGCCUCAGUGUGUCUUUUCUCUCUUUUCUGUUGAUUUGUGUGUGAGAGACUGUCUUUUGCUAUCAAACCGAAUACUGUGUGUUUGGGUGGGGAUAAUGGAUUUAUACACUGAGUCUUGAAUUCAUAACAAAACAACUUUUAAUCUCUUGUAUGGAAAUGUUUAGUUUUUUGAAAUAAUUUUCAUUGGAUGACUUUCAUAUCUUGAUUGUUCUGGGCAGGGCCCUGGUUGUGUUGGUUCCUGCAUCUAUAAUCUUGAUGCUUUGUUAAACACAGCGAUUAACAUGAUAAGUGUUGUCUUUUUCAAGCUGGGGGUGGGUGGGUCGGGAGAGGGGGGAUGUGCAAGGAGUGUGCGUGUUUAUUCUUAUUUUUGGCUUUUAUUAGCUUUUCUAUUGAUCCGAGCUCAACUGGAACAGAUUUUUAAAGAAAAGAAAAUAACAUGUAAACUGCUGUAUUUUGAAUUAAUUUGCUUUCCUCUCAAGGUCUAGUGUUGAAGGAUUUCAAGCGAGUCUUAAUUUACUUCUGCCAGGCGAAAGAGCUCAAAUAUGUAGCUUACUUGGAGUUGAGCUUCAUAAUUUGUUGGAGAAACUGAUAUUUGCUCCUGGGUGUUGAUUUGCCAUUUAACGCUGAGAUUUUUUUUCCAGGUGUGCCAUAACUCUGUGGUGUGCUGUGAGUCUACAGCUGCAUGUGCACAAUCAAACACCCCGGUACCUAGGUGUACUUUGGGGUCCAUUGCUCUCUAGUCCGCUGAGCUAGGGAUCGGGCAGUAAGACAGUCACAAUAGUAGCGUAGGCAGGAAUACAGUGCCGGAUUUAGGUUGGUCUGGCCCAUAGACCCCAAUCUAGGAGUGCCAUACACACUGUGCUUCAACUGCUUGUGUCUUCUCUUGCCACACAUUGAGCAAUCAUGUGUUGACAUUUGUAGGUUGUCUGGAAAUCGUAUCCCUCUUGAAAAGAACUGGGGAACCGCGGCCUUCCAGAUUUUUUUGGGAUUGUAGCUAGUGUUGAAUUCAAACAUACCGCAUUUCACUGAUUUUAAGGCACACAUUUUUCCUGUUUAAGAAGCUUCAAAAACGAGGUGUGCCUUAGAUCCAAUGGUGACUUAGAUUCACUGGUUUUAGGGUUUUUUUUUUAACUGUCUUACCUCCAAGAGAGGAAGAGGAGGAGAAAGGGCUCCAGCCCCAAACAAUUCCAGUUUGGGAGUUUCCCUUUGAAAUUGUCUUACCUCCGAGAGAGGAGGAGUAAGGGCCUGAGUCCCAACCGCUCUGCCAGAACCCCACCAUUUGGGCCUCGGCCUCAGCCAGAUGGCUAUUUAUUGACAUUUUAACUAAACGCCACUGUGUGUUUCCGCUGCCUCUCCAAUGGGCCCAUAACUUCAUAAGACAGACUCAUGCAGACAAGAUGACUUCCAGACUUUCCUCCUCACCCCACAAGAAAGAUUGCUCUACAAAGCUACACUGAAACUGUAAAUUCUAGGAAAUGUUAAAAGAAAGCCUUUUACAUUCUAAAAAAUAUUUUUAAAUUCUAAAAAAAUCUAAGGAAAUAGUUUUUUCCUAAAAUCAAAGCUUCAAAAACAGGGUGCGCCUUACACAUUUGAUGGCACCUUAGAUUCAGUGAAAUACGGUAUGUGACAUUUAAGAAGGCUGAUAGCAUUACUCAAAAGGUGACUUCUUACUGAGCGGCCGUUCAUAAUCUCAGGCCUUGUGCAGUACAGUUAAUGUUGAAGGAUGAUGGUGGCUGUAGUCCCAACGGCCUCCAGAAGGUCAUGGUUGCUCACCUGUGUUGUGAAACACAUGCAAAAAUGGGUAUUUCCUUGGCCACUACCUAACUCUGGUCUUGGCUCGGAGGCAGUGCUAGGGAGACCAAAGUACGGAGCGUUGAGUUUGCAGAAAAGAAAGAGGCAAACUGCUACCGUUUCCUGCAGGGUGGACUUUGGAGCGUUUGUCCCGUUUUGCUGUACGCUGGGGGUUGUCUCCUUCGUCUUGUGUGGCAGGAGGAAUGAUGCCAAAUAAAUAUUGUACAGAGAGCCUGCCAGCUGUUGAAAGUGAUGCGGAGAGCAAUUGUGUGGUGAAGUUUGGAGUGAAGAAACAACGCCUGCCCUGUUGUGCCGGUCAGGCUGUCGACGUGUUUUUUUACAAGUUGGGCUUCUUGGAAGUCUGUGAUGUGUAGAUCCUAAGCGAGGAGACAGGCGACAGUAUUAGGAGCAACAAGGGUUGGCGAAGGAGACAAAAAUCGUAGCCCCUGGUAUUAUGAAUUCACAGUGGGUCUCAGAAGGGACGGGCCAUUUAUUUUCCUAGCCCCCUUCCCCUCCUGCCCUAGCUGUGACAUUUUGAACCUUUGUACCCUGUGUUUCUUUUCUCCUUUUAAUUCUUUAAAUGCAUCUGAGUGAAGUGGGUCUCGGUCAAAGCUUCUUCUCUUCCCCCGGGAAGGAGGAAAAGGGGAGACUCUCCUGUGGAAUAACCUUUCUCUCCCUGGUUUCCCUUCUGUAUACGUUUCAUUCUGCUGUUUCCUCUCCCUUUGGAAAUCCCUGAGAUUGAAGCUAAUAAAAAAUUAUGAUAAUUUUCA